AAGAUUCACGCGGCUAUUUUCUCCCAUCGUUUCCGUCCUGUUCACUACCCGGUAUUCCUUAACGAUUCAAGUCAGGUCCGAACUGAACCUUCAUUCCCCCCUACUUCAGAUCUAAAUCACACCCGAUUCAAGCUAUAGAUAUGGCUUCUAGGAACCAGAAGAGGCCUCCGCGUAGCCCCCCGAAUACAAUCCCCUUGGCCAGGCGUCGGCAGGUUGGAGCAGAAUGGGUGGGUCGCCAGGGGACCACUGGCCGAAGCAGGCAGCCUCUUGCUUUAGUGAACAAAGGGCCAGGUGUUAAUAAAGCAGAUGAUGUUGCAAGUGCCGAGGGCUCAGAAUGCGGCUUUGUUGAGUUCACCAAAGAGGAUGUGGAGGCGCUGUUGACUGAGAAGAUGAAAACUGGAAAUCCCUUUGAUAACAAGGGAAAAAUAGACCAGAUGGGGAAGCUUAUCAGGCGGCUUAAACUUUGUGUAAAAUAUUUUGAGAAACGUGAAGAAAGCAACAAUGAAGAAAAGGAAAAGCUUCAGUCUGCACUUGAAUCUGCCGAAAAGAAGUGCACCGAUACUGAGACUGAAAUGAAAAAGAAGAAUGAGGAAUUAAGUGACACAAUAUCAGAUUUAAGGCAGACAAUUUCUUCCUUGGAAGAGCGAAUUGUGAAGGAAGAAUCCUUGAAGUUGGAAGCUAUUGAUUUUCUUAGAGUAGAAAAAGAAGCCAGAAGUGCUGCUGAGGAGAUGCAAGUUUUGCUUUCAACUAAGCUUGAGAAAGUUGAGGAAGAGAAGUUAGCUGAGGAGCUAAAGGCCAAGCAGACCCUAGACUAUAAUAUCAAUCUGCAAGAUUACAAUAAAGAUAUCCAUUCACAACUUGAAUCAACUAAUCGGGUAAUUAAAGAUCUGGAAUCGCACAAAGCAGCCCUGAUUGCGACUCUUAGCGAUGUGAGAGGUCUCAAUAAGGCUCUGCAGGUUCGGCUGGAAACUGCUCGAGUUUCAGAAGAAAAAGCUACAAAACUAAACGAUGUGCUGAUACACAAGCUCGAUGAUCUCCGUGUAGAAUUAAAGCAACUUAAAAAUGAUCGUGAUGAGCAACAUGCACAAGUGCAUGCUUUAACUGGAGAAGUAGCAAGCUACAAAGAACUUAUAGGGAAUUCAUGUGCGGAGUUGGAUGUCUUGAGAAGUGAAAUACAUACUCUUGAGAGCGCACGUUCUUCUCAAAAAGAGCAAAUUGAUAUACUACAACAGCAAUUGAUGGCUGAAAAAGAGAAAGUGAAGAUGGCUGACUUAACAAGAACAAGUGUUAAAGAGAAAGAGUUCAUUAUCGGCGAAUUGCAAGCCCGUUUGGCUGAUAAAGAAUUCUUAAUAACUGAAGGGGAGAAGUUAAGAAAAAAAUUGCACAAUAGCAUCCUUGAGCUGAAAGGAAAUAUUCGUGUGUUUUGUCGAGUUCGACCUUUGCUACCGGACCAUGGUGUUGGAAUGAACACCAUGGUUUCUUACCCGACUUCAGCAGAAGGUCUCGACCAAGGCAUUGAAUUGGUCCAAAGCGGGAAAAGGUACUCUUUUACAUUUGAUAAGGUCUUCAAUCCUGAGGCUUCUCAACAAGAUGUUUUCAUUGAGAUAUCACAGUUGGUACAAAGUGCUCUGGAUGGGUAUAAGGUAUGCAUAUUUGCUUACGGUCAGACAGGUUCAGGCAAAACAUAUACAAUGAUGGGUAGGCCUAACGUCCCAGAUUUAAAAGGAUUAAUACCGCGUUCCCUAGAACAGAUCUUCCAGAUUAGUGAGGCCCUUAAGGACCAGGGCUGGACGUACAAAUUGAAGGCUUCAAUGCUAGAAAUAUAUAACGAUGCUAUUCAUGAUUUGUUGGCAUCAAAUCGGGCUAGCAGAGCUGAUCUAACACGAACAGAAACCGGUGUUCUUGAGAAGCAAUACAAUAUCCAACAUGAUGCAAGUGGAAACACAGAGGUUUCUGACCUCACUGUUGUAGAUGUUUGUAGUGUGGAUGAGAUUUCCCUACUCCUCCAACAGGCUACAAAUUGCAGGUCUGUAGGAAGGACACAGGUGAAUGAACAGUCAUCAAGAAGCCAUUUUGUUUUUACUUUGCGCUUAAGCGGGGUCAAUGAGAAUACAGAACAACAAGUGCAAGGAGUCUUGAAUUUGAUUGAUCUAGCUGGAAGUGAAAGGCUGUCAAGGAGUGGGGCAACUGGGGAUCGACUUAAGGAAACUCAGUGUUUGUCAUUUUUAAAGGCUAUCAACAAAAGUUUAUCGUCUCUGAGUGAUGUCAUAUUUGCAUUGGCCAAGAAGGAGGAGCAUGUUCCUUUCAGGAAUUCAAAGCUCACGUACCUCCUCCAGCCAUGUCUUGCUGGAGAUUCGAAAACGUUGAUGUUUGUGAAUGUCUCGCCUGAUCCGUCAUCGGCUGGAGAGACACUUUGUUCCCUCCGUUUUGCUUCCAAAGUCAAGGCAUGUGAAAUUGGUGUCCCUGCGCGUCAGAUAACCCCUAGUCUUAAUUUUCGGAAAAGCUGAGGGUGAAGAAAUGAUCAAGAGUUCGUUUUAUAUACAUUGUAAAGAGAAAGUUACGAUUCACCUUAACAAUUGUUCGUGGUCGUUGGCCAAAAUAAUAAUAAUAAUAACAAUAACAACAACAACAACAAUUGUUCGUGGUCCUUUGAAGCGAAGGUAGUGCCACAUGUAUGUAGUAGAGGUAGGUUUGAUGACUCUAGGUGUAACUAAUGCGUGAGGAAUUUAAAAAUAGUGUGAUUUGUCA